CUUCCUCACCUCCUAAACUCUGGAGCGCCGCCGAUCGGUCGCCAGGAUUUUCCCCUCUUGGCCAAAAUGGAGGAGAAGGUUUGUCGCUAAUUGAGGGAAGCGGAUGUUAUAUGACCGGAUCGGCUUCAAUGAAAGUCGCCAGGAUUGGCAUUCGUGGAUCAUUUGCGACUCGAAUCGGGGGGAAACAAUAGGAGAAUAUCUAGAGCCGUUUCCGCCCAAGCGACCGCAGCCAUGAGCGCAGGAGAGGGGCUAGAUGAGGCUGCAAAGGACGCGGCAGACAUAGCGGCGUUUUUCAAAUCUGACUGCUCUCUUUCAAAAUGUGAAUCCAAGCUGGAUGGCCCUGCUCAAACCUCAGGGUUUCAUCGCAAUGAGGAUAUGAAGGCAAUUGAUGUGCUUCCUAUCCUCAAAGAGAAGGUUGCCUUUCUUUCAGGUGGUAGAGACAGACGAGGAGGUCCUAUUCUCACUUUUCCAGCACGGAGCAACCAUGACCGAAUACGACCUGAUGACCUGCGCAGGCUUGUAGCAUACUUGGCUACUAUUCCAAGUGAGGAGGUGGCCCGACAUGGCUUCACAGUCAUUGUGGACAUGCGUGGUUCUAAGUGGGACAGCAUCAAACCGCUGCUGAAGAUUCUGCAGGAAUCUUUUCCUUCAUGCAUCCACGUCGCCCUCAUCAUCAAACCAGACAACUUCUGGCAGAAGCAGCGGACCAACUUUGGCAGUUCUAAGUUUGAAUUUGAGACGGUGAUGGUGUCCUUAGACGGUUUAACCAAGAUCGUUGACCCUUCCCAGCUCACUGCUGACUUCGACGGCAGCUUGGAGUAUAACCAUGACGAUUGGAUCGAGGUGCGGCUCUCUUUUGAGACUUUUGCCAGUGAUGCAGCGCGAGCGCUGGCACGCCUCGAAGAACUCCAGGAAACCUUGUCUCAGCGAGACCUUCCACGGGACUUGGAGGCGGCCAGGCGGCUCAUGGAGGAGCACGCUGCACUAAAGAAAAGGGCCACAAAGGCAUCUAUAGAGGAGCUUGAUACGCAGGGUCGGAGACUGCUCCAGAGACUACAGCUACAGGCUGCAGGGGUCGGGGGUGGCGGCGAAGGAGGCUACAGUAACCGUAGCGUUGGAGCCAGCGGAGACUCCAAUGACCACCAUCAUGGUCAUCACGCACAUGCGGACGCACACAACUUGGUAGCUAAAGUGACGGCUUUGUUGGAGAAGCUGCACGGGACGCGGCAAAAUCUGCAGCAGCUGUGGCACAUGAGGAAGCUGAAGCUGGACCAGUGUUUCCAGCUUCGGCUGUUCGAGCAGGACGCUGAGAAGAUGUUUGAUUGGAUCAUGCACAACAAGGGCCUUUUUCUGACCAGCUACACUGAGAUUGGAGGGAAUCACCAGCAUGCUGUGGAGCUGCAGACACAGCACAACCACUUUGCAAUGAACUGCAUGAAUGUAUAUGUGAACAUCAAUCGGAUCAUGUCAGUUGGAAAUCGACUCCUGGAGUCCGGCCACUACGCCUCCCAGCAGAUCCAGCAGAUCUCAGGCCAGUUGGAACAGGAGUGGAAAGCCUUUGCGGCAGCCCUGGAUGAACGCAGCACUCUGCUGGAGAUGUCUGCCAGCUUCCACCAGAAAGCUGAUCAGUACAUGAGCAAAGUGGAGCCAUGGUGUAAAGCUUGCGGUGAAGGAGAGCUGCCAUCUGAGCUCCAGGAUCUAGAAGAUACGAUCCACCAUCACCAAGGGCUGUAUGAACACAUCACAACGGCAUACUCAGAGGUGAGCCAGGACGGCAAGGCUUUGCUGGACAAGCUGCAGCGACCUUUGACCCCAGGAAGUGCAGAUUCGCUGAUGUCAUCAGCGAACUACUCGAAGGCCGUGCACCACGUCCUGGACAUCAUCCACGAGGUGCUGCAUCACCAGAGGCAGCUAGAAAACAUCUGGCAGCAUCGCAAAGUCCGUCUGCACCAGCGCCUGCAGCUCUGUGUCUUUCAGCAGGAUGUGCAGCAAGUGUUGGACUGGAUAGAAAACCAUGGUGAGGCCUUCCUUAGUAAACAUACUGGUGUUGGAAAGUCUCUGCACAGAGCCAGAGCUCUGCAGAAGAGACAUGAAGACUUUGAAGAGGUUGCACAGAACACCUACACUAAUGCUGACAAACUGCUGGAGGCCGCAGAGCAGUUGGCCCAGACUGGAGAAUGUGACCCAGAGGAAAUUUACCAGGCUGCCCACCAGCUAGAAGAUCGCAUCCAGGACUUUGUACGACGUGUGGAGCAGCGCAAAGUCCUGCUGGAUAUGUCUGUUGCUUUUCACACACAUGUCAAAGAGCUCUGGACUUGGUUGGAGGAGCUUCAAAAAGAACUGCUGGAUGACGUGUACGCUGAGUCAGUGGAAGCAGUGCAGGACCUGAUCAAGAGAUUUGGCCAGCAGCAGCAGACCACCCUGCAGGCGACGGUCAAUGUCAUCAAGGAGGGAGAGGACCUCAUACAGCAGCUCAGAGACUCAGCGAUUUCAAGUAACAAGACCCCUCAUAACAGCUCCAUGGCGCACAUUGAGAGUGUCUUACAGCAGCUGGAUGAGGCUCAGGGUCAGAUGGAGGAGUUGUUCCAGGAAAGGAAGAUCAAACUGGAACUCUUCCUGCAGCUCCGUAUCUUUGAGAGGGACGCCAUAGACAUCAUCUCAGACCUGGAGUCAUGGAAUGAGGAGCUGUCUAAGCAGAUGAAUGACUUUGACACCGAGGAUCUGACCCUGGCUGAGCAGAGGCUUCAGCACCAUGCAGAUAAAGCUCUUACCAUGAACAACCUCACCUUUGACGUCAUUCACCAGGGGCAAGAGUUGCUGCAGUAUGUUACAGAAGUCCAAGCAUCUGGUGUGGAGCUGCUAUGCGACAGAGAUGUGGACAUGGCAACAAGGGUUCAGGACCUGUUAGAGUUUCUUCACGAGAAGCAGCAGGAGCUGGACCUGGCUGCAGAGCAGCACAGAAGGCACUUGGAGCAGUGCGUCCAGUUAAGACAUCUGCAAGCUGAAGUCAAACAGGUUUUAGGUUGGAUCCGUAAUGGAGAGUCGAUGCUGAAUGCUGGUCUCAUCACAGCAAGUUCACUACAAGAGGCUGAACAGCUGCAGAAGGAGCAUGAACAAUUUCAACAUGCAAUUGAGAAAACCCAUCAGAGUGCAUUGCAAGUUCAGCAGAAGGCCGAAGCUCUUCUCCAGGCAAACCACUACGACAUGGAUAUGAUCAGAGACUGUGCAGAAAAGGUGGCUGACCACUGGCAGCAGCUCAUGCUAAAGAUGGAGGACAGACUCAAACUGGUUAAUGCAUCUGUGGCCUUCUACAAAACCUCUGAACAGGUGUGCAGCGUCCUGGAAAGCCUAGAACAGGAGUACAAGCGAGAAGAGGACUGGUGUGGCGGUGCUGAUAAACUGGGGCCGAACAGCGAGACUGAUCAUGUCACUCCUAUGGUCAGCAAGCACCUGGAGCAGAAAGAAGCAUUUCUUAAGGCUUGUACAUUAGCCAGACGUAACGCUGAUGUAUUCUUGAAGUAUCUGCACAGAAAUAGUGUCAACAUGCCCGGCAUGUUGUCCCAUGUCAAAGCUCCAGAGACUCAGGUCAAAAAUAUCUUGAAUGAGUUACUGCAGAGAGAGAACAGAGUCCUUCACUUCUGGACCAUGAGGAAGAGGAGGCUGGACCAAUGCCAGCAAUAUGUGGUGUUUGAACGAAGUGCAAAACAGGCCCUGGAAUGGAUCCAUGACACUGGGGAGUUCUACCUGUCCACGCACACUUCCACAGGGUCGAGCAUUCAUCAUACGCAGGAGCUGCUGAAGGAGCAUGAAGACUUCCAGAUCACAGCAAAGCAAACCAAAGAGCGGGUGAAGCUGUUGAUCCAGCUGGCAGAUGGGUUUUGUGACAAGGGCCACGCCCACGCUCUGGAGAUAAAGAAAUGGGUGUCCUCCGUGGACAAGCGCUACAGGGACUUCUCUAUCCGCAUGGACAAAUAUCGAACCAGCCUGGAAACGGCACUCGGCAUCUCCUCCGAUUCAAACAAGGCUAGCAAAGAGCUGCAGCUGGACAUCAUCCCAGCCACUGCUCCGGGGUCAGAGGUCAAGUUGAGGGACGCUGCACAUGAACUCAAUGAGGAGAAGAGGAAAUCAGCCCGGAGAAAAGAAUUCAUAAUGGCUGAGCUGAUUCAAACAGAGAAAUCAUAUGUCAGAGACCUGCGUGAAUGUAUGGAUACAUACUUGUGGGAAAUGACCAGUGGUGUGGAGGAGAUUCCUCCUGGUAUUGUCAACAAGGAACACAUCAUCUUUGGGAACAUGCAGGAUCUCUACGAAUUUCAUCACAACAUCUUCCUGAAGGAGCUUGAGAAGUAUGAGCAACUCCCAGAGGAUGUUGGUCAUUGUUUUGUGACCUGGGCUGAUAAAUUCCAGAUGUAUGUGAACUACUGCAAGAACAAACCCGACUCCACGCAGCUCAUCCUAGAGCAUGCUGGACCUUACUUCGAUGAAAUUCAGCAAAGACAUCGUCUUGCCAACUCCAUCUCUUCUUACCUCAUCAAGCCUGUCCAGCGGAUCACAAAAUACCAGUUACUCCUUAAGGAGUUGUUGACGUGCUGUGAGGAAGGCAAAGGUGAGAUCAAGGAUGGUCUUGAAGUGAUGCUCAGCGUUCCAAAGAGAGCCAAUGAUGCCAUGCACCUCUCUAUGCUGGAAGGGUUUGAUGGGAACAUUGACUCCCAGGGGGAGCUGAUACUACAGGAGUCCUUCCAGGUUUGGGAUCCAAAGACUCUCAUCCGGAAAGGCCGUGACCGACAUCUGUUUCUCUUUGAGAUGUCCCUGGUCUUUAGCAAGGAAGUUAAAGACUCAAACGGUCGCAGUAAAUACCUCUACAAGAGCAAGCUCUUUACAUCAGAGCUCGGAGUGACGGAACAUGUGGAGGGGGAUCCUUGUAAGUUUGCGUUGUGGCUUGGCAGGACGCCGACCUCAGACAACAAGAUUGUCCUCAAGGCAUCAAGUAUUGAGAAUAAGCAGGAUUGGAUCAAGCACAUCAGGGAGGUCAUCCAGGAACGGACGAUCCUGCGUGGAGCUCUCAAGGAGCCUAUUCAUAUCCCCAAAACCACUACUGCUAAACAUAAAGGCAGACGGGAUGGAGAGGAGCUCGACAGCCAAGGAGAUGCCAGCAGUCAACCAGACACCAUCUCUAUCGCCUCCCGGACAUCCCAGAACACACUGGACAGUGACAAGCUCUCUGGUGGCUGUGAGCUGACAGUGGUGAUCCAUGACUUUGUGGCCAGUAACAGUGGCAGCAAUGGGGAGCUCACUGUACGACGAGGCCAGACUGUGGAGGUUCUGGAGCGGCUCCAUGAUAAACCUGACUGGUGCUUGGUCAGGACCACAGACCGCUCUCCCGCUCAGGAGGGAAUCGUUCCUUGUUCCAUUCUCUGCAUUGCUCACUCCCGAUCCUCCAUGGAAAUGGAAGGGCUAUUCAACCACAAAGACACGUUGUCUGUAUCCAGUAAUGACGCCUUGCAGCCUGGGUCCAGUCACACUUUCGGACCUCACAGCUCGCCUGGCCCCAAAAGACCCGGCAACACCUUAAGAAAGUGGCUUACCAGCCCAGUGAGGCGACUGAGCUCCGGGAAAGCUGACGGACACGUCAAGAAGCUCGCCCACAAGCAUAAGAAGAACCGCGAUGGCACGAGAAAGAACAUGGAUGCAAUACCUGGCUCACAGAAGGACUCUGAUGAUAGCGCCGCUACGCCACAGGAUGAGACCUUGGAGGAGCGGAUGCGUAAUGAAGGGCUGAGCAGUGGUACCCUGUCCAAGUCUUCCUCAUCAGGUAUGCAGAGCUGUGGGGAGGAGGAAGGAGAAGAGGGGGCCGACGCUGUCCCUCUACCACCCCCUAUGGCAAUCCAGCAGCAUAGCCUACUGCAACCUGACUCCCAGGAUGAUAAGUCUGUCUCUCGGCUGUCUGCUCGCCCCAACAGUUCGGAGACGCCGAGCGCUGCAGAGCUGGUCAGUGCCAUUGAGGAGCUGGUGAAAAGCAAGAUGUCCCUUGAGGACCGCCCCAGCUCCCUGUCAGUGGAGCAAGGCGACAGCAGCUCACCCUCUCUCAACCCUUCUGAUAACUCGCUGCUUUCCUCGUCUUCACCCAUUGAUGAGCUGGAGGAGCGAAAAACCAGCUUCCUCAAGAGGAGACAUUAUGUUCUUCUUGAGUUGGUGGAGACUGAGAGAGAUUAUGUCAGAGACCUGGGAUCUGUAGUGGAGGGCUACAUGUGCAGGAUGAAAGAGGAAGGAGUUCCAGAUGACAUGAGAGGCAAAGAUAAGAUUGUCUUUGGAAACAUCCAUCAGAUCUACGACUGGCACAAAGAUUUCUUCCUGGGAGAGCUUGAAAAGUGUUUGGAGGAUCCUGAACGGCUAGCUCCUUUAUUUGUCAAACAGGAGCGGAGGCUGCACAUGUACAUCGUGUAUUGUCAGAACAAACCUAAAUCUGAGCACAUCGUAUCAGAAUACAUUGACACUUAUUUUGAGGACCUUAAGCAGCGUCUGGGUCACAGAUUGCAGAUCACAGACCUGUUAAUCAAACCAGUGCAACGAAUUAUGAAGUACCAGCUACUACUGAAGGAUCUGCUUAAAGUUUCUAAGAAGGCUGGAGUGGAUACGACAGAGCUGGAGAAAGCUGUAGAAGUGAUGUGUGUGGUCCCAAAGCGCUGCAACGACAUGAUGAAUGUUGGACGCCUUCAGGGGUUCGAUGGUAAAAUUGUAGCUCAGGGCAGACUGCUCAUGCAGGACACCUUCAUGGUCUCAGACCAAGACGGGGGCCUCCUGUCCAGAAUGAAAGAGAGGCGGCUUUUUCUGUUUGAGCAGAUAGUUAUAUUCAGUGAGCCUCUGGACAAAAAGAAGGGCUUCUCUACGCCAGGCUACCUCUUCAAGAAUAGCAUCAAGGUGAGCUGCUUGGGUCUGGAGGAAAACUCAGACGACCCCUGCAAGUUUACACUGAUCUCCAGAUCAUCCAGUGGUAACCUAGAAAGGUUCAACCUCCAUUCUGCAAGCCCUGGAAUCAGUCAAGCCUGGGUCCACCAGGUCGGCCAGAUUCUGGAGAACCAGCGUAAUUUCCUCAAUGCUUUAACAUCACCCAUAGAGUACCAGAGAAACCAUGUGGGUGGUGGAGGACCCCCCAGCAGUAGCAGCGGCAGUACAGGAGGUAGCAGCACCAACAACACCUCCAGCAUGGGGGGAGGAGGUGGAGGAAUUGGUGGCUCUGGCGGAUCAGGGGUUAACUCCUCCUCCCUGUGCGGCCCUCGCUCUCGACCCUCUCGCAUUCCGCAGCCUUCCUCACGGCUCCCCCAGCCUGUCCACCACCACCACCCCCCAGGCCCAGAGGGGCCUGACAGAUCAACAGGUAUGUGGUCCCCCUGCCACCCGUCCCUUCCCUCUUACCCCUGUUCAGACAGUCCAACUAAUGGAGAGCUGUUAGCCUCUGAGGAUUUUACUUUAAAGAGGCUGGAAAGUUCCCAGGGGAGUAACUGUAAUAACAGCAACAGGCCAUCAGAUAACACAGACGGUGGUCUGAAACAGACUUUCGGGAGCUAUGAGGAAAACCAGACGCAUCCAAAAACCGCAGUGCCGCAGAUGCCAGUGUCUCCUCUGAAUUUCUCUCUGAGAAGCCCUCGAGUGGGGACAGUUUCCCCGCUUAUAUCUCCCCAGAGCCCUGGAGGAGGAAAGGAACAAUUCCUCCCUUCAAGCCCAGCACAUAAAGGAAACCCUUUCUGGGCUUUGGUCCCCCCUAUGCCUUCAUCUCCUGCAAGUAGACCUGGUUCCUUCUCCUGCCCCAAUGACAAUAGUGCUGGAGGGGACACCUUGGGAAGAGGGAUGCCAUCUUUUCAGCGCAACUCCAGCCACAGUAAGGAAACAGACAGAAUGAGCACCUGCUCUUCCACCAGUGAGCAGUCCGUAACAUCCUCCCAGGGCAACGGGCAGAGUGAAAGCAGUAGCAGCAGCAGCAAUGUGUCCACCAUGUUGGUGACCCAGGACUAUGUGGCGGUGAAGGAGGAUGAGAUUAGUGUGGUGCAGGGUGAGGUGGUCCAAAUUCUUGCCAGCAACCAGCAGAACAUGUUCUUGGUGUACCGGGCCGCCAACGAGCACUCGCCUGCAGCCGAGGGCUGGAUCCCUGGCUAUGUGUUAGGACAUACCUCAUCCUCCACCACCCCAGAGCUUCCUGAAGGAACCAUCAAAAAAUCCCUUUCAUGGCACACAGCACUACGUAUCCGUCGAAAGUCUGAAAAAAGGGAUAAGGAGGGCAGAAAACUGGAGAACGGCUAUCGAAAGUCUCAGGAUAGUCUGGCAAACAAGGUCUCUGUCAAGGUAGGAAGUGGAAGUUUUAUUGUGCUCAAAUCAAUUGGUCAACUGCCAUAUUAUUUUAAUCCAAACCUGAUCUGUCUCCUUUUACUUCAGCUUUUGAAUCCCAACUUCAUUUAUGAUGCUCCCCCAGAGUUCCUCAUCCCUCUUGGCGACGCGUCAUGUGAGAGUGGCGACGAUGUCACCUUGAGGUGCAAGGUGUGUGGUCGUCCUCGCGCCACUGUUUCAUGGCGUGGACCUGACAAUAGCAUUCUAAGUAACAACGGACACUACAGCAUCGCAUACAGUGAGACAGGAGAGGCCUCCUUGCGUGUACUGGGUGUGUCUCUUGAGGACAGCGGUGUCUACACAUGCGUUGCCACCAGUGUCACAGGCACAGUUACAUCCUCUGCUAGCCUUAUGGUGUCAGCUCCUAAUGAUGGCAGUGAAGAUAUCUGGAAAAGUAAUUUUGAGUCUUACUACACAGAGAUCACUGAACUUGGAAGGGGACGAUUCUCUGUGACUAAGCGGUGUGACCAGAGAGGAAGUAAACGCACUAUCGCAGCAAAACAGGUCAACAAGAAGAUGCUGCGUCGAGAGCAGGUGCUGCAGGAGAUCCGACUCCUGCAGACUCUGGACCAUCCCAACCUGGUCAGACUGCUAGACACCUACGAGACAUCCCACAGCUACGUCCUUGUACUGGAGAUGGCCGACCAGGGACGCUUUCUGGAUUACAUCGUGAGCUGGGGAAACCUGACGGAAGAGAAGGUGGCUUUGUACCUCCGAGAUAUCCUCGAAGCUCUCCAGUACUUGCACGGCUGGAAAAUAGCACAUCUUGAUCUCAAACCUGAGAACAUCGUGGUGGAACAAGUAUGCUCCCAGCCCGUGAUCAAGCUGACGGAUUUUGGUGACGCUGUUCAACUUGACCUUCAUUCCUCUCACAUCCAUCCUCUACUGGGGAGCCCUGAGUUCUCUGCACCUGAGCUGGUCCUGGGUCAGCCUGCCUCACUGACAUCUGACCUCUGGAGCUUAGGUGUUGUGACUUACGUUCUCCUAAGCGGUGCCUCCCCCUUCCUGGAUGAAAGCCUUGAGGAGACGUGUUUAAACAUCUGCCGCCUGGACUUCAGUUUUCCUGAGGAUUACUUCCAGAGCGUGAGCACAGAAGCCAAGGACUUUGUCUGCCUGCUGCUCCAGGGCGAGCCAGAGCGACGGCCCUCUGCAGGAUUCUGCCUGCAGUACCCGUGGCUCCAGCCUCAAAGCGUGGCAUGUGGCGGGUACGGGCACGUCAAUCACACGCAGCCCCCGUCACCAAUUCAUUACAGCACACAUUUAGACACCUCUAGGCUCAUCUCCUUCAUCGAGCGGCGGAAGCACCAGAAUGACGUCCGACCCGUUGGCACUAUUAAGGCCUUCCUGCAAAGCCGUCUUUACAACCACACCUGACAUUCUCUUUGAAGACCACCAGGGACAAGUCCAUGAUGAUCCCCCUCUCCUUCACUAAGCCACAGAAGUCCUGCUGCUGCUGACUGCCUUACUGAUAAACCCCCCAGCUCUUAUGCUGACCUUGGUAUAUUUUGAUAUGCCAGCACAACAAAUGAGUCUGAUGGAAUCGAUUUGAGAUUUUUUACUUUGACUCAGGAGGGAGAAAAAAAAGAAACCAGCUUUUUGAACAAGCUGAGGUGAUUAUAUCUCGCAUCCACAUAGUGUUAAAGAAAACAGAGUACUGUAUAUGAAUUCAGGCUGCUUUUGGUUGAACAAAAGAAGACAUUUUGUAACGAGAAAUUACUUUUUGUAAAUGAAACCAUGUACAGUUGGGGAAAAAUGGAGAACUGUCUUUAUUCAACCUUUUUUUUUUUUUUUUUUGGAAAACAAAGGCUAGAAUUGAAAUAAGAUGUAGAGGUCUUAUCAGCAGGGUCUACCUGCGCUGAGAAGAGCUAACUUACAAAAUCCUGUUUUCCAGAGACGCAUCAAAGCUAUCAUUUGUGCAAUAGUUUGCUUACCUUUAUUCAUUUAACUAACUUCAGAUUGUGACUAAUACAACAAAACAACGUGAACAUGUGUAAAAUAAAGAGCAUAUUCAGCUAAACUGUCGUGGAUCUCCUUCUGCGUCCGCCCUAGUUGUAAAUAAUGUUUCCUUGCUUUACAGAUUUGUCCCCAACCCCCCCUGAAGAGUUUUUCUCAAAUUAAUUUACAAAAAAAAGCUAUUUUGUGAGCAGAACUGUAGUGAGUCCAUGCAGGACUCUAAAAAUGGUGGCCAGAUCCUCGGUUUAAACAGGGGCGGCUACUAGAAAUGCACUCAUUGUUCUGCGGCAGUUCUCAUGUGCAAUGUUGCAGCUUUACCAUGUAUGCAACUAUUUAUGAAGACUUGUGUUGUAGCUGUAUUCUUCAAAAAAGGCAUGUGUGUACCUGGUACUGCAAUAGAUGUCUGUAUUGUGUUAACUCUUAUGUAUUAAGUUCAGUAUUAAUAAACACCUCUUACACAAAUAAGGGGGGGGCGC